AUGGCUGGGAAACAAUUAAAGAAUCGUGUCUGUAUAGUUGGUUCAGGAAAUUGGGGCUCCGCAAUUGCAAAAAUAGUUGGACGUAAUGCCGCUCGUCUUCCAAAUUUUGAGGAUAGAGUUACAAUGUGGGUUUAUGAGGAGAUGGUGGAAGGAAAAAAAUUGACGGAAAUAAUAAAUGAAACACAUGAAAAUGUUAAAUAUUUACCAGGACAUAAGCUACCACCUAAUGUUGUUGCUGUACCAGAUCUUGUUGAUGCAGCUACAGAUGCAGACUUACUAAUUUUUGUUGUUCCUCAUCAGUUUGUACGUACUAUUUGCUCUACUUUAUUGGGGAAAAUCAAACCAACUGCAGCUGCACUUUCUCUAAUAAAGGGCUUUGACAUAGCAGAGGGCGGUGGCAUUGACUUAAUCUCACAUAUCAUCACAAGAUGCCUGAAAAUUCCUUGUGCUGUACUGAUGGGUGCCAAUAUUGCUUCAGAGGUAGCAGAAGAGAAAUUCUGCGAAACAACAAUAGGAUGUCGCGACGUGAUGUUAGCGCCUAUGAUGAGAGACAUCAUCCAAACAGAGUACUUCCGAGUUGUUGUUGUAGAUGAUGAGGAUGCUGUAGAAAUCUGCGGGGCUUUAAAGAACAUAGUUGCGGUGGGAGCAGGUUUUGUCGACGGAUUGGGUUUCGGUGACAAUACGAAGGCGGCCGUCAUUCGAUUGGGAUUAAUGGAAAUGAUUAAAUUCGUUGAUGUUUUCUAUCCUGGAAGCAAACUUAGCACUUUCUUCGAAUCUUGCGGAGUGGCCGAUCUUAUUACUACGUGCUAUGGUGGCAGAAACCGUAGGGUAGCAGAAGCUUUCGUGAAAACUGGACGGUCAAUUAAAGAGCUAGAAGAUGAAAUGCUCAAUGGGCAGAAACUUCAAGGACCUAUUACAGCUGAAGAAGUAAACCAUAUGCUUGCCAACAAAAAUAUGGAGAACAAAUUUCCCUUAUUCACCGCUGUCUUCCGUAUCUGCCGAGGUGAACUGAAGCCGAGUGAUUUCAUUGACUGCAUCCGCAACCACCCCGAACACAUGGUUAAACUGGCC